GAUUGCACCGGGAAGGAAGGAAGGAAGGAGAGGGAGGCAGGCGAAGGUGCAAGGCUCCGGCGACGCCCUUCCUUCCUCCUUCCCGGGCCUGCCAUGCCUUCUUCCCCGCGCUGAGCCUCCUCCGGUGCGGCGAUGGAGCUGGAGAGCUCCCUGGAGCAGUCGGUGCAGACGCGCAUCUUCAAGAUCAUCGUCAUCGGCGACUCCAACGUGGGCAAGACCUGCCUGACGGUGCGCUUCUGCGGGGGGGCCUUCCCCUCCAGCACCGAGGCCACCAUCGGCGUGGACUUCAGGGAGAAGGCCGUGGAGAUCCAGGGAGAGCGCAUCAAGGUGCAGGUCUGGGACACCGCAGGGCAGGAGCGUUUCCGGAAGAGCAUGGUGGAGCAUUACUACCGCAACGUGCACGCCGUGGUUUUCGUCUACGACGUCACCAAGAUGGCAUCCUUCCUUAACCUCAAGACCUGGAUCGAGGAGUGCAACGGCCACGCCGUCCCGGCCCUCGUCCCGAAGGUGCUCGUGGGCAACAAGUGUGACUUGCGGGACCAGAUCCAGGUGCCUUCCAGCCUGGCCCUGAAAUUCGCGGAUGCUCACAACAUGCUUUUGUUCGAAACCUCCGCCAAGGACCCCAAGGAGAGCCAGAACGUGGAGUCGAUCUUCAUGUGCCUCGCUUGCCGGCUCAAGGCUCAGAAGUCUCUGCUGUACCGGGACAUGGAGAGGCAGCCGGGGAGGGGGCAGAAGGCACAGCUCACGCCCGAGGCCGGCAGCAAAAACUCCUGCCCGUGUUGAACUGUUGCGCCUGCCAUUCCUCCCUGCCCCGUUCCUCCCUGCCCCGUGCCUCAACAAACUGGAACCGGAGACUUGUCUGUCUCCAUCUAAGUUAAUAAUGAAAUGCGUUAGGAUCACAACUGGCUUGGAUGCAGAAGUAUCUACGCACAUCUUCAGUCUGCCUAUUAAGAGCAACUUAUUUAGUUUCUCCCUGUUUGGAUUAGUCACAGUGUGGAAUACAUGGAGUUGUUGUUUCACUGGGCCUGCAAAAGGGAAAUGGGGAUGUGCAAUGCAUUAUCAAAACUUGAUAUAUCACUCUGUCCCAUAGGGAAAUGUAGAAUCAAAGCGGAAGAGUUCGGCCCCUUCUACACUGCCAUAUAAUCCAGCAGAUAUUCCACAUUAUCUGCUUUGAACUGGAUUAUAUGAUUCUACACUGCCAUAUAAUCCAGUUCAAAGCAGAUAUUCUGGAUUUUAUAUUGCAAUGUAGAACAAGCCCUAGAUUAUUGCUGGGAUGAGGAAGACAGAUGGAUUUGAUGAGCCUGGAAAAGCAAAUAUAUAUCUUAUGUGUAUUCACCUCUUUGAAUGUUAGCACAUGGGUUUGUGGAUGAGCACUCCUGAUUUGCCAUAAAAGUACAUAAAACGUGGGCUGGGGUUUACUGGUAAGUUUCUGGGCGAUUCCAUAAAAUCAUGGGGCCCCCAAGGGCUAUCUAGACCAACCCUCUGCAAGUGCAAGAACCCGAAACAUCCCUGAGAUGAAGACUUCUUUAAACCCCUGCAGUGAAGAAUUCACCCUUCUCUCAGGCAGUCGAUUGCACCAGGAAGAUAGAUAGUUGUAAAUGUCAGUCUGAUACCACUAUCCCAAACUUGCACUGUCCGUUUUGUUGUUAAAGGGCUUUGUUUUGUAGCACCGUGCUGACCUACAAUCCUCAUGUCAUUUAUUUUAAUGUGUGGAGGGUCCUCACUUAACAGGCAUUUAUAUGGGAGAAGGUUCACGUGAGUCUUGCAAAAGAAUGAUUUAUAACCCAGCUGUGUAAUGCUUUAGAUUGACAAAGUGCUCUUCACAACGGUAGUUAGUGAUAUGGAUCUGAUUAAACGGGCUGUGGUACACAAAA